AUGCAAUGUGUCAGAGUAAAGUCCAUGAGUCCAAGAACACACAAUGAAAUCAUGAAGAUACACUUUUGCUGGCCUUCCAGUUUUGACAUAGGGCUGAGCUGUUCAUCUGGACUUCAGCAGCAGGCAAAGUACAGUUCCAAAGAAUUAGCUCACUGAUUUGUGCUCAGCUAUUUCUUUCUCAGGUUUCACUUGAAACGAGAGUGUGUAUCUCUGCAGAGGGAUCGACUCAGAAGAAAGAUGAAUUUGAAAAGUUCAGUGGGAUUUAUUCUGCUGUUACUCUUUAAAUGUGCGGCGUGGACAAGUGCUGAAGAAGCUGUGGUGCUUGCUAAUGCCCACCUUCUCUCUCCAGGAGGCUACCAGAGACUGAGUAACAACAAUGAGAAAGAAUAUGCAAGGGAUUGUUAUGAGAUUUUUCAGCACUCUGAAGGAAGCGCCAAGGAUGGUCUUUAUGUCAUUCAGCCAAUGAAAGAUCCUAUUGUUGCUUACUGUAAUAUGGAAGAUGGUGGGUGGACGGUAAUUCAACACAUUACAGCCAAUAGCACUGUGGACUUUGAUAGGAUAUGGCAUGACUACAAGUAUGGAUUUGGCUCAGUUCAUGACAACUACUGGUUAGGGAAUGAAUAUGUGUAUCAGUUAACUAACACGUCAAGGCCAUAUACACUUAGGGUCAAACUCGUAGACCUAAAUGCCGAAAUCAAAUGGGGAGAGUAUGAACCAUUCAAAAUUGAAGAUGAAGAGUCUCAAUACAGGAUCAGGCUUGGCCUAUACAAAGGCAAUGCUGCUGAUGCCCUGACCCAGGAUACAGAAGCAUAUCUCCAUGAUAAUCAGAAGUUCACUACAAAAGACAGAGACAAUGAUAACUAUUUUCAGAAUUGUGCCAAACUAGAGUACAAUGGCAUUCCAGGUGGAGGGUGGUGGUAUGAUGCUUGCGCUGGAGCAAAUCUAAACCGCAGGAAUGUUAUAUACUGGCAAAAAGACUGCAAUAAGGAACAUUUGUGCAAGUUUGCCUGGAUGAUGGUCAAGCCCACUGACAAUGGCCAGUGUCCUAACAAGGCUUGUCGUUGUGAAAAAGAUGAAUUGUAGAUAAUAUUACUACAUUAUGAGGUGAGACAAUAAAAUCAGCUUCCAAAA